AUAACAACAUAUUGAAGUUAGUGAAUGCAGGCUUCUCGUUAUAAAUAAUACGCUCUAGUGCACCUGCUGCUCUUUAUAAUAUAAUCAGACUAAGAACAAUAAAUGCAAUAACUAAUAAAUAUGGCAGAUUUAGAAGGAACACCAAAAUUCAGUCACGACAAGGGUAUUAUAGAAGAAAAACUUGAAAAAGAUUUUCCGUGGUGGAAAAUAUGGAAAAGACGAAGAUACGUGGUAUCGAUACUUGCUUUUAUUGGAUUCUUCAACAUUUAUUCUUUAAGGUCCAAUUUAAGUGUAGCUAUAAUAGCAAUGGUAGAGAAUAGAACGAUCACAUUAGAAAAUGGAACCACAAUAUACGAACAAGAAUUCGAUUGGAAUUCGUCUCAAACGGGAGUUCUUCUCAGUGCUUUCUUUUGGGGAUACAUUACCACCCAGUUAAUAGGAGGUAUACUUGCCGAACGUUAUGGGGGUAAAAAGUUGUUUGGUUUCGGGGUAUUUACAACAGCAGUUCUUACACUGUUUACCCCUUUAGUAGCUAAACAAAGUUACGCUGGUUUAUUAGCAUUACGGAUAAUUGAAGGAAUUUUUGAGGGCGUUACUUAUCCCUCAAUUCAUUCCGUUUGGGCAAGGUGGGCACCCCCAUUGGAACGAAGUCGACUUGCAACAUUUGCUUUCGCGGGGAGUUAUGUAGGCGCUGUAGUAUCUCUGACUCUUAGUGGUGUUAUUGGUGACACAUUGGGUUGGGAAAGCAUAUUUUACAUAUUCGGUGUUUUUGCAACAUUGUGGUUUUUCUGUUGGUGCUUUCUUAUUGCUGAGUCUCCAAGUGAAGAUAGAUUCAUAAGUAAAGAGGAAUUGGACUACAUUUCAAAGUCAUUAAAUAAGAAUGACGAGGACAACAGAAAAGUAAAACAUCCUUGGAAGGAGAUAUUAACAUCAAUGCCGUUUUGGGCAAUAACCUGCUCUAACUUUAGCGAAAAUUGGGGAUUCAACACCCUCUUAACACAGUUGCCCACUUUUAUGAACGAUGUCCUUAACUUCAAUCUCACAGCAAGUGGUUCUCUCUCGGCCCUUCCCUAUUUAGCCAUGUCUAUAUGCACUAUGCUUUCUGGAUUUCUGGCAGAUAUGUGUUUGAAAAGAAAAUAUUUGAAUACCACUCAAGUGCGAAAGAUUUUUAACUGUGGUGCAUUUAUUUCCCAAACCGUUUUCAUGCUUGGUGCCGCAUUUUUAAUGUCAGCAGUCGGCUCUACAAUAUGUCUCACUCUCGCAGUAGGCUUAGGAGGCUUCGCCCUGUCUGGCUACGGGGUAAACUAUUUGGACAUUGGGCCUUCCCAUGCUAGUGUUUUAAUGGGUAUCAGUAACACUUUCGCAACUAUUCCUGGCAUGGUUAGUCCAACGAUAACUGGACUGAUAGUACAGAAUGGUACAGCAGAUGAGUGGCGUAUUAUAUUUUAUAUAGCUGCCGGUAUUUACUUAAUUGGUUGUAUAAUCUAUGGAUGUUUUGCAAGUGGAAAAUUGCAGUCUUGGUCAUUAGAAGCCAAACUUUUAAAGAAAAAUGGUGGAGAAAAUAAUCAAACAUAUGUAGAAGAUAAUGAUAAUGUAGCAUUUUCCGAGAACAAUGAAAUAAAAAAAAUUUAACAACAAAUACAACAUCCCUUUGU